UGCAACUCCGUCCUCCAAGCACUUUACUUCUGCCGCCCCUUCCGGGAGAAGGUCCUGGCCUACAAGAGUCAGCCUCGCAAGAAGGAGAGCCUGCUUACAUGCCUGGCCGACCUCUUCCACAGCAUAGCCACGCAGAAGAGAAAGAGCUUUUUGACAACUACAUGCAGCAAGAUGCCCACGAAUUCUUAAAUUAUCUACUCAACACAAUCGCCGAUAUUUUGCAAGAAGAAAGAAAGCAGGAGAAGCAAAAUGGCCGCCUGCCCAACGGGCACCCGGACCGCGAGAACAACAGUGGCGCAGCAGACCCCACGUGGGUCCACGAGAUCUUUCAGGGAACAUUGACGAAUGAGACCAGGUGUCUUACUUGUGAAACCAUAAGCAGCAAAGAUGAGGAUUUUCUAGACCUUUCUGUGGACGUGGAACAGAACACUUCGAUCACUCACUGCCUGAGGGGCUUCAGCAACACCGAGACCCUGUGCAGCGAGUACAAGUACUACUGCGAGGAGUGCCGCAGCAAGCAGGAGGCGCACAAACGGAUGAAAGUGAAGAAACUGCCCAUGAUCCUCGCCCUCCACCUGAAGAGGUUCAAGUACAUGGACCAACUCCAUCGAUACACGAAGCUGUCUUACCGCGUGGUCUUCCCGCUGGAGCUCCGCCUCUUCAACACCUCGGGGGACGCCACCAAUCCUGACCGCAUGUACGACCUGGUGGCGGUGGUCGUGCACUGUGGGAGUGGUCCCAACCGGGGUCAUUAUAUUGCAAUAGUGAAGAGUCAUGAUUUCUGGUUGCUGUUUGAUGACGACAUUGUAGAAAAGAUCGACGCCCAAGCGAUUGAAGAAUUCUACGGGUUGACAUCAGACAUCUCAAAGAACUCUGAGUCUGGCUACAUCCUUUUCUACCAGUCCCGGGACUGAUCGGGGCAGUGCUGAAGGGAGACCCUCGGCCACAGGGUGCCCCCCACCCCCACCCCCCCGGCGAGCUGAGACCCGAGAAAGCACUGAGCCCCAGCCUCAGGCGGGGCGGGCAGACAGAUGGACGGCGUGCACGCUCGCUCAGGGGCAGCAGCACGUUGCACACAAAUAAAGCAGAGACUCGGGAUGAACGCGCCCCCCCCUCCCCAUCAUGGUGGUUGAUUUAUUCGCUCAGGUAUCACGUGCUCUGUGCUCCGCACCAUCUGCCAGCACCCCGGAGGCCCCAGCCACCCCUUGCCAGCACCCUUCCAAGUGGUGGCCGGCCCCUGCACUCGCACCGCACAGCAGGGUCAUGCCGAACACGUGUGGACCUUCUCUGGGUACGAGAGGAAGAGUCGGCAUCUGGAUUGUUCUGAGUGUCGGGGGCCCAGAUCGCCUGCUGCUUACGGUGUCUCAGACGCCGCUCAGGGGGGUUUGUGUUCUGUUGUCUUUGUGUUUUUCUUCCAAGCAUAAACCAGAAAUGAUUUUUGGGCCCAACACUUGCAGUUGCCUUCCCAGUGUCCGAAACUAACCAGUCCUAGACUCCAGCGUCGGGAAGAGGAAUAGGCUCUGCUUCUCUGAAGAAGCUUGUAAUCAUACAGAGUGUGUGUGUGUGUGCAUGUUUGUGUGUGUGUGUGUGUGUGUAUAGGGAGCAGUGUCCCCCAGGGGAAAGACUGUCUUUGUAAUUAUGAUUUCUUUUCCCCUUCCUUAUUUAUUGUCCUUACACAUCGUGCAACACGCCCACGGAAUCUGAGUAUCUUUUUCUUUUUCAAAUAUUAGUUUCUGUUCAUUUAAUUUUUCCUUUGCGUGGUUUCUGUUUUGAAGGUGAAUUUUAAAUACUGUUGGAAAUCAAUUCUGAUACCUUAAGAGGGAGAUUUGCUUCAACAAGACAGGUAGACCUCCUCUUCCCGGAGCACAUGAAGUCUCUGGUUUAAGUCUUUGUCCUCUGGUGUUCAUUUGUCAGUCAGCUGUGUGCUGCAGCUUCCACGUUAGUUCAGAAACACACACACCGAGCACAACGCCCUGGAUCUGUCCCGUCCCUCACAGAGACACACAGUGCCAAGUGGGCUGUGAGCCAUUCAGCUGGGAAGGAUCCUGUUGUUGACGGUGGGGCCGGGCUCAGGCGAAAUGCACGCCCUGACGGUCAGGUCUUUCUCUAGGGUCAUUUCUGACCCUGGAAGCAAGCAGCCCAUUCUGGAUAAGCCCUUAAAGCCUGGUCACUGGCGUACGGACCCUUUGGAGAUUGCAUUUGAAGGAAGUAGGUCAGGACUACAGAGAGAGAUUCUUAAUUGAAAUUUGCUCACUAAGACUUCCCUCUGCUUCUGUUGUUUUUCCCCAAGUGAUCGUGCCCUUAAGAGAGGUGUGAAACCAGCUGCAGCGGCCCUGCCCCUCGGGGAGGUGUCUGACACGCGCAGGAAGCAUUGACCACCUGUUCCCCACCCUCGCCACGGGCCCCAGGUGCGAGUUCACCCUCUCAGGCGGUGAUGUUCCCCUCCCUCUCUCAAAAAUUCUCUUCUAGAGUUAUGAAAAGUAUUGAACGUGACAGCCAGACAACAGCCACGACCUGGAACGCUGGUCACACGUGUCCCCCCUGGACCUAGCUCAGGAAACGGCUCUCCCCUGACUCAUUCCUCAGACAGGGCCCCGUGGCCGACUGGACCGCUGACACAGAUAUGCUGGGGGGACAUGACCACGGGCUUGGUGAGAGUUUUAACACCUUUGCUUUUAUGGUUCCAUUUUCCUGAUGCAGCACCCUGACCGGCAUUUUGGUACACAAAUCCUGCAGGCCCUGCCCUGACCCCUAGAGAUCCACGGUCAGGACCCAGCAGGGGGUGGUGGGGGGCGCCUUCACCCCGGAGGGGGGCCCCCUUUGGGUUCGGUUUGUUCCGGUUUCCGGAUUUCCGCCGAACUGUCUCGGAGGCAGGCGGACUUCCCGCAGCUCCACAUGAGAGGUCAGAGAGUCCAGGCGGGGAAAGGCAGGCUAGCCAGUUGUAUUGGCUCAGCCACCGCAGGUGGGAGAAUGACAAACGGAGCCUCCCUCUCGACUACACUGUGCGGUCUUUGCCUUUACGUCAAAGGAGAAAAUGCCGUGGCAUGGCCUCUGUCGUGGGCCCCGUGGUAUUCACCCACCCACUGUUCACGUCGACGCCACGUUUGAUCUGUGUGCUUUUGUCAGGGGGGGUGGGCGUUGUGGGGAGGGGGAAGGGUUCUCCAUUUUCUUUGUCUCAGUGCAGCCGACUUGAAGUAUGAAGUUGUGGCUCUCAGGCACCAGGGCAGCCGGCACCGGGGGCAUUCACGCAGACCCCAGGCCACGGGAGCAGGGCCCCGUGCUGGCUGUGGGCGCCUGUAGUGGAGUGGAGGGCAAAUGAACGUCGUCAGUGUGGCUGUGUGCUGUGUAACCAUGUACGUGCGAGUGUCGGGGGGACAGCGUCCCCAAUGUUGUAUGUUGGCGGAAAAUAAUUUCUAUACAUUAACUCAAAGUCACAUAUUCCCAAUCGAGUCCUGCUUCCAAGUCACCCAGCCCCUGCCUUGGGAGCAUGAUCUUCAGAAGGGGGGCAGGGGUGAGGGCAGCCAGGGGGCUGAGGGGGACCAGAAAUGUGUGAGGUGCGGCUCUCGGUGGCGGCCUUGGCCGUCAGUGGAGGGCUUUCUUUCCUUGGGGGCAGUAGGAAGAUCUCCCUUGGAUCAGGUGCCUGCUCUGAGACUUUCAUUCACGAGUCUUGCUCCUGAGGCAUUGCACGGGGAGCCGGGAGGCGAGGGCGCCCGCCCGCCCCGCCUGCCUCUCCGGUGACGUGUCUUUGUGGCCUUGGGCAGGCCACUCACCCUCUCUGUGCUUCAGUCUCCCUGUGUGGUCCCACGGGAGCACUACCUACCUCACAGGGUUGUUGUGGGGGCUAAUUAGAGAUCAUGUCUGUAAAGCUUCUAAGGUUCCUGAAGAGGCGCUAUAUAAAUACAAAAUAAUAUCUAUUAAAGUCGGUUUAUUUGUG